UGCUUAAAACACUUACUAAAAGAGACGAUAAAACUGAAGUUCAAGAAUUCAAUACGUGCAUUACGCAUAAUACUGCAAAUGAUCAGUAGUUGGCUUCCUCUCCCCUGAGGGCCAAGAUUUCAUUAUAACUCUUGAUAGACUUUUGUACUGGAGCAAACUGGUCUUGUUUUCUCAUCUGCAUCUGCUGCUUCUGUUGAGACAGUUGCAAACUUAAAGGAGCUUCUAGGUAGAGCAGUUAAGUUGAUGUCCCUUCAUCACAAAUCAGGCUUUUCUAGAGAAAGAUGAAGCCCCUUAACAAUGAACUGUUGGUUAAAAAAAAUUAAUGAAUGGAACGAAGAGCAAAGACUGAGGGCCCAGACUGAGCUGAAGAUAGUCUCUGAGGAAGUCACUGUGGAGACAUUCCAAACUUGUAUCCUUAAAGGCAUUGCUUUGAUUCAUCUGUGACUUGAGAGAACCAGUGAUAGCAAUUAGAAGAAAAUAAUGGGAAUCAUGAGAAACAUUUACAUUCUGUAUAGUAUUGUUCUAUCUGUGCUGUGUGGGGCUCUGCUACUGCCUGAAGCAAAUGAAAUAAUUACCGACUGUUCUCAGGAUUACCUUAAAAAUGUUCUGAUGGAUAUGUCACCAAAAACUACCACAAUGGAUCUAUCCCACAAAUUCACAUGUCAACCUCAGAACUUGGACCUUAGUCCUUUCUCUAAGCUAAAAGUUUUAAUUCUCUCUCACAACAGAAUCCAACACCUGGAUAUGAGCAUCUUCCAAUUCAACAAGGAAUUAGAAUACUUAGACUUAUCUUACAAUUGCCUGAGGAAUAUUUCCUGUUAUUCACUUCUGGCCCUCAAACAUUUAGAUCUUUCUUUUAAUGACUUCAACAAUAUUCCCAUCUGUCAGGAGUUUGGCAGCAUGUCACAACUGGAAUUUUUAGGAUUGAGCGGGACACAGAUACGAAAAUCAGAUUUACAGACAGUGGCUCAUUUGUCCCUAAGCACUAUCUUCCUGGGCUUAAAGCAUCUUUCUUACUAUGAAGAAGGCAGCUUACCCCUCUUAAACACUGAGAGACUUCAUAUAGUCCUUCCAGAGAAUGCUGAUUAUAGGUUUAUUUUGCACAAUGGAAUCCACACUUCGAAAACCUUGGAAAUGACAAAUAUCAAUAUGGAUCAAUUUACAAGCCAGGAAAGUCAGAAGAAUCCUCUUUUGGAGAGUCCAACAGGCUCUAAAACUUCUCAUCUGUUACUCAGGAAUGUAGAUGUACCCUGGCAGGAGUUCUUUCAAAUAUUGCAGUUUAUUUGGCACUCAUCAAUCCAACAAUUACAAAUACAAAAUUUGACCAUUGGUGCCCAAAGUGAAUUUAAAUUUAAACCAUUUAACUACUCUAAUACCUUGAUGAAAGCCUUAAAGGUGGAGCAUGUGACUGUGAAGAUAUAUUCCUUCCCACAGGAUAUAAUCUACUUAUUCUUAACUCACAUGGACAUUGAAAACUUGACAAUUUCAGGUGCGGGGAUGCCGCAUAUAAUUUUUCCUAAUUAUCCCACCAAAUUUCAGCAUUUGAAUUUUGCCAACAAUAGCUUGACAGAUGAAUUAUUUGUAAACACUCUUCAAUUGCCACAUUUGAAAACUUUUGUUUUGCAAAGGAAUAAAUUAGAAAUACUUUCCACAGUGAGUUCCUUUGCUACCAAAACAUCCUUAGUAUACCUAGAUCUAAGCCAGAAUCUACUACAGUAUGCUGAUGGAAAAGAUUGCUACUGGCCAGAAACCCUCACUACCUUGAAUUUGUCAUCCAAUAAAUUUAUUGACUCUGUUUUCAAAUGCGUACCAAAGAGUAUCCAAGUGCUUGAUCUGCAUAAUAAUGACAUUAGGACUAUCCCCAGAGAAAUUGCAGAUCUGAAAGCUUUACGGGAGCUAAAUAUUGCAUCUAAUUCUCUAACUGAUCUUCCUGGGUGUGACAAUUUCCAAAGGCUUUCUGUGCUGAAUAUUGAAAUGAAUUCCAUUAUUAGUCCAUCUCUUGAUUUCUUCCAGACUUGUCAGGAAGUACAAUCAUUAAAAGCAGGAGGAAACCCAUUCAGAUGUACCUGUGACUUAAGAAACUUCAUCAACCUAGGAAAAAAAUCCCAAGGCUUGAUGAUUGGAUGGCCAGAUGCAUAUACCUGUGAAUAUCCUCUAGAACUAAAGGGAAUUCCAUUAGAGAAUGUUGAUCUGCCAGAAAUAUCCUGUAAUACACCUCUAUUGAUUGCUGUCAUUCUGAUAGUUGGUUUAAUUUGGACAGUUGUCAUAGCAGUUCUUUGCAUCCGCUUUGAUUUGCCCUGGUACCUGAGGAUGAUAGCUCAGUGGACACAGACCCAGUACAGAGUUAGGAAUGUGCCCCUAGAAGAACUCAAAAGAACAAUCCAAUUUCAUGCUUUUAUUUCAUACAGUGAAGGGGAUUCUCUCUGGGUAAAGAAUGAGCUGAUACCAAACCUAGAGAAAGAAGAUACAUCCAUAUUGAUUUGUCUCCAUGAGAGACACUUCAUUCCUGGCAAGAGUGUUGUUGAAAAUAUUAUAAACUGCAUUGAGAAAAGCUACAAAUCUAUCUUUAUUUUGUCCCCUAACUUUGUUCAGAGUGAAUGGUGUCAUUAUGAACUGUAUUUUGCUCACCACAAACUAUUUCAUGAAGGUUCUAAUAAUUUAAUUCUCAUAUUACUGGAACCAAUUCCCCAGUAUAGCAUUCCUACCAGGUAUCAUAAGCUAAAAGCUCUCAUGGCACAAAGAACCUAUUUGGAAUGGCCCAAAGAGAAGAAUAAACAUGGACUUUUCUGGGCUAACCUUAGGGCUGCCAUUAAUAUUAAUUUAUCAGAAUCUGGAAAGAUGAACAAAUCACAGACAAUGUCAGAGUUACUGAAAGAGUCAUAAACAUCUUCAUGGAAGAUAAAUACAUGGAACUGAAUUUCAUUUUUGUGCAUUUCCCUUCAAUAAAUCAUUGAGUAUUCAAUGAACAACUACUACGCUCUCGGCACUAAGUGCUGUGAUAUACACAAAAGUAGUUUAUGCAUUUGCAAUGUAGCCCAGCAUGGUGGCCCAUCUAUAAUCCCAACUACUGGUGAACCUGAUGCUGGCUGAACUCUUGAGCUUGGGAGUUCUAAGCUGCAUGUGGCUAUGUGAUGCUGCCUUUCAUCUGCUUUGUACCUCAAUUAUAUUGGACAUUGAAUACCUUUCUAUUCUUCCCUUUGGGAGGAUUCUAGACAUGAAUUACAACUUAAAGUAUAAGUAAAUUUGUUCCUGGGAUGCCAGGAUCAAGGUUUAAUGAGCUGACACAUCCAAGAGAAGGGAGUCUAGCCCUCCAUUUUAUUAGAGGACAGAUUUUCCCCAGACUGAACAUGGUCCAAAUCACAUGCCUGGGUUCAGAGUUUUGAAGAGAGACAGAAAUAAGGUCAGGGCCCAGCUUUUUGGGUCCAGAAGCUCUGUGUGUGUGUGUGUGUGUGUGUGUGUGUGUGUGUGUGUGAGUGUGUGUGCGUGCCAGCAUGUAGACAGGUAGGGGAUUCCAGGAAUCAUAUGGGAAUCUAUAUAAAUAGACACCUACAUAUGUACAUGUAUAUACAUAUGUACAUAUAUAUACAUAUGUAUGUGUGCAUAGGCUUUAUUGUGUAGGUUGCUGAAUAAAGUCAUUAGCACUAGAGCAUUAAGAGGCCAACAGUCUAUAUUUGUGGGAGCUACCAACCCUUUCAGAUACCUAGUCAAGUAGCAUUUUAAAAGCAAAUACUGUGUGUUAAGCAUUGGGGAUCUAAAGAAAGGCAAAAGAUAAUCCUGGCUCUCA